CCUUUCACACCUUUAGCGGCGGGAUGCUUGGAUUGAAACGAUAUUUGAAGGUUAAAUCAUUUUCAGUAUUCAGCUACAUUAUUCUAGUUGUAGACAUGUAGAAUAUUAUAUUUCCAAUUAUUCAACCAAUGACGUUCCUCAACUAUCAUAAAUUCCUAACUACGAGUUUCCGUGGUUACAGUGUCAAGAAACUGCUUCCGAAGUACGAUGUAAUAAUUGUCGGUGGUGGGAUGGUUGGAUUUGGUUUGGCUGCCGUUGCGGCGGCUUCCAAAUUUCUCGGUAACAAAAGCAUUUUAUUGCUGGAAAGUUCUGGUAAAAAAAAGUAUCAACGUAAAGAAGAAUAUGAAAAUCGUGUUGUUGCUCUUAACGACCUUUCCGUAAACAUGCUGAAAAAUAUUGAUGUUUGGGAAUUUAUUCAGUCAUUCCAUUCUCAGCCUGUAAAUAAAAUGAAAGUAUGGGAAACAAAGUCAAACCUUUACUUAACGUUUCAACGCAAUCCCUUGGCAUAUAUAGUAGAAAAUGAUUUAGUUAUUGAAUCACUUCGUAAUUAUUUGGAAUCUAAUAAUAAUUCUUCAAAUGUGACAAUACUAUAUGAAACACAAGCUGAAAACAUUCAGCUGCCUUCUUCAGAUCAUCCAGAACAUUUAGUUCGUGUAGACGUUCAACAAAGGACACAGGAUAAACGGGAAACUGUUGAAACAGAUCUACUUAUUGGUGCUGAUGGGUUCAAUUCACUUGUCCGUAGAACAGCUAAUAUUCAUACAAUUGGUUGGAAUCAUAAUCAAAAAGCUAUUGUAGCAACUUUAAAAUUGGAACAGGCUAAUAAUGAAUCUAUCGCUUGGCAAAGGUUUCUACCAACAGGCCCAGUUGCAUUACUCCCAUUGUCAAAAGAAUAUUCAUCAUUAGUUUGGAGUACAACUUCGUAUGAAGCUGACCGUCUUAUGAAUUUAAAAGAUUUAGAUUUUAUUCAAGAGUUGAAUGACUGUUUGACUAAACCUAAUGAAUCGACGUCACAAAUUGGUGCACUUUUCAAUAAGAUGGGACAAUGUUUUGCUAGUGUUGUUGAUUACUUUGGUAAUCAAAUAAAAUCUACAGACAAUGAAAGUGAAUCCAGCUCAUUUUCAACACCAACAGUAUUAUCGAUUCAACCAAAUACGAAAAGGGCUUGUUUCCCUCUAGGUUUUCAACAUGCCACAUUUUAUUCAGCUCCUCGUGUGGCACUAGUGGGUGAUUCUGCUCAUCGAAUACUACCACUUGCUGGUCAAGGUGUUAACCUUGGUUUCGGUGAUGUUGUUUCAUUGGUUAGGCAUUUAGAAGAAGCUGUUUUGCAUGGAGCUAAUAUUGGAAGUUUAGCUUAUCUUAAAGAUUAUACAAAUGAACGACAAAGAAUUAUAGUACCAUUAGCUGGUACAUUAGAAUUAAUUAAUUUAUUAUAUUCCACUGAUGCAUAUUGUAAACAAAAUAACAAGGAAUCAUCUUCUGUUUGUCGUAAUUCUGCAAUAUCAUAUUUAUUAAAUAAUAUUAUCACAGAUAUUCGUGGAACUGGAAUGAGUACUGUUCAGUCUAGUAAAUUAUUGAAGGAAUUUUUGAUGGCAGUUGCUGUCACUGGACAAAUCCGAACAACACAAUCGAAAACCACUUAUUGCUUGUAGUUGGAUUAUUUCUGUAAUCUGUUCAUAAUAAAAAUAAAAUUCCCUAGUUG